AUGUCUGUAAGAAAAACGUUAAUUUCAAAUUGUGAAAAAAAGUUUUUAAUCAAGAAUCUAUCAGAAUGGACAAGAUUGGAUGGAAGGGCUUUCGAUGAAUUCCGAGAGAUUCAAAUCAGCUUCGGCAAAGACUGGGGUUCUUGUCACGUUUCACUAGGCAAAACGAGUGUUUUAGCUCAAGUAUCGUGCGAAAUCCAACAGCCGAAAACCUCCCGGCCGAGCGAAGGCGUCCUAAACCUCAACAUCGAACUCAACCCCCUCGCAGCGCCCCAUUUCGACACCGGCAGGCAAUCCGACGUCGGCGUACAGCUAAACAGGCUCCUAGAAAAAUGCCUGAAAGACUCCAAAGCCCUCGACCUCGAGUCGUUGUGCAUCAAAAUGAACGAGAAAGUGUGGUCGAUCAGAGUAGACCUAAACGUGUUGAACUACGAAGGGAACAUCCUAGAUUGCGCUUCCAUAGCCGCCUUAUCGGCCCUCGCCCACUUCAAAAGACCUGAUGUAACUUCAGACGGGGAGGAAUUCGUUAUACAUUCUAUCGAGCAGAGGGAUCCGAUACCCCUCGUGUUACAUCAUUAUCCCGUUUGUGUGACCUACGCGGUGUUUAACGGGGGGGAGUUUAUUUUGGCCGAUCCGAGUUUGGUGGAAGAAGAAGUGUCCGAUGCUUUUCUUUCUGUUGGUUUGAAUGCUUAUAAAGAAUUGUGUGGGUUGCAUUUAGGCGGUAAAGCUGAGUUGAGUACCGAUUUAAUUUUGAGUACUACUACAAAAGCUGCUAAUAGGGCUGUGUUGGUCGUUCGGGAGAUUAAAGAGGCGAUCGAGAAGGAUGCGGAGAAGAGGUUGAAAUCGAAGGAAUGUUUCAAUAUGGAGCAUCUCUUCAACGAUUUAGCGGCGAUGAAUUUAGAGAAAUAUAUCGAUCCGUGGGCGGGUGAUGGUAAACGGAAGAAGAAGAAAUCGAAGGAGAAGAAACAGGAGGAGGUUACAACGAAGAUGGAUGUCGAGGAGGUCGUACAAGUGGCGAAUAUAGAAAAUUUAGGUGAAGGUACGGCCGCUUUAAUUCCGAUCAACGAAAAAGACGGUAGUAAAAUAUGGGAAAUAAGCGAUGAAGACGAUGAUGAUGUCGAUGAUGAAAUCGUUGUUGUAGAAGUGCCUAAACCUGUCGUGGAUUUAAGAGAUGUCGCCACCGAUAGCGAAGAAGAAGCAGUUAUAAUCCUGAACGCCGAUAAAAAAACGAACAAAAAGAAAAAAUACAAAACCAAGAAAUAA